GAUUCCGUGCGGUGUUUCCAAUAUGAACGGUGGGGCUUACGGAGCAGGAAAAGCUGGGGCUCCAUUCGAUCCCUUCGCUUUUAUCCAGAGACCACAAGUUAUCCUAAGAUUGUUAUGCUGGUUAUUUGCUGUAGUAGUUUUUGGAUGUAUUGCUUCAGAAGGAUGGUUAGAAGAUAAAUGUCUUUUUAAUGAUGACAUCCAUGCUUGUAACUUUGGAGUAGGUAUUGGUGUAAUUGCCUUCCUUGCAAGUAUUGCAUUCCUGGUUACAGAGGCCUUGUUUGAGAGCUUCUCAAGUGUUAAGAUUCGUCGCCGUGCUGUGAUGGUUGAUAUGGGAUUUUCUGCAUUUUGGGCUUUUCUAUGGUUUGUUGGAUUCUGCUAUCUUUGUGAUGCAUGGAGAAAAUCUUCAAUGCCAAAAGGAGGUUUUGGAGUAAAUAAUGUUCGAGCAAGUAUUGCAUUCAGUUUCUUUUCCAUCUUCACAUGGGCUGCCUGCUCUUUCUUUGCUUUUCAACGUUAUCGACAGGGUGCCGAUUCAGCCUUUGCCCCGUCAUAUGAAGCAGAGCCACAUGAAGUUCCUGGUGGCGUACCUUAUACAACUUAUCCAGAAGGACCAGAAAUGAAUGAGGCAUAUCACGAACCCCCAUUCUCUGGUGGUCAGAUAGAAAAAAUGCAGACAGGUGCUCCUAAUUUCCAACAACCCGCUUAUUAAAUGUAGGAGACACCUAAGUUAAUGUAGGUGGCUACAGAUAGCAAAUGAUAUCUUUUAUGUAACAGUUAAUAUAUGGAGUGAAGUUAUUUGUGGUAUAUGUGAUGAUUUUCAGAAGUUGAAGUUUACACUUGUGCUCGAAAUUAUAUUCUGGAAUGAAAUCAAUUUUUCGGGUAAAAGAAUAAAUGCGUUUUUCUGUUAAAGCAAACAGUAUGCCCAUUAUCAAAGAUAUUAGCUAUAAAUUUCGUAACUGAAUUGUUUAUGCAUUACAAAAGAGAUUGGAUUUCUAUGUCAUUUAAAAAAUGCAUUUUACUAAAUAUCAAAAGAGAAAAUUACGUAACAUAUAUUGUAAAUUAGGGGAUUAAGUAUUGCAAAUAGGCAAGAUUUAUUAGGUCAUUAAUAGGUAAUGCUUUUUGUGUGACGAUUAUUGCCAUGCUGGAAUAUGGACUAAAAUGUCGAUUCUCAUUGUAAAUACAUCCAUUACACGUUACAUGUCAGCAAAUAUUAAUCCUAAUAUCUUUUCACUUGUGAAUAUCUGCAAUUAAAAAUUGUUAAGGAGAAAAUAUAUUGUAUAUUAGAAUGAUCAAAUGUUUAAGAGUUUGUACGCAUUUAUUUCCCCAUUGCGGUUGAAGUCAAAGAUCGAAAAUUAUAUAUUGAGAAACGAUUAUUUUUAUUAUAGAUAUUGUUAAGUUAAAAAUUUUUUUAUAAAAGGUUAGUGAAAUGUUUACUUCAUUGUAGAAUUAAAUUUUUUUUUCCUCCUGUGUCGUGUGAUAAUUUGUUAAAAAUCUGAAAUAAAUGUUUAGAUAUAGUUUGUUUUAUCAAAUGCACAUUUAAUCAGUAUUAUAGUUUUUAUUUGGUAUUAUUUCAUAGUCACUAGAACUGUGAAUUUAUAAAAAUUUAUCUCAUAAUGACUUCUAUUUUUUGCAUUUAUUUAUUUAUUUUUAUUUAUGUUUAGAACUAGUUCUUUUGUGAAUUUGUUUAAUAGUUGAUAUUUACAUUUUAUUUAGUUAAAUUAUUAAUUAAAAUUAUUUUUUUCAAAACUUUUUUACUUUAAAAAUUCUAGUUAUUGCUUUUCAAAUUGUGAGUUUUGUUUGAUACGGGUGAAAACUAAAUGGUUCUUAUUGUCAAAUACGCAAUAUUAUAUUGUGUACUUGAGUGUUAUGUCUUAUUCAAGUGUAGAAACUAUAAUGGAUUUUUCAACGUUUUGGCCAAUUGUAUUUCACAAUUUUCUAUAUAUGUAUUUAUUAUCAGCUUUUAACAUUUAAAAAUUAUAGGAAGAUUAACUGAUCUUUAUUUUCUUUCAUUACUUUACAGUUACUUUAGAAAUAUUUUUUUUUCAUUAAUCAUCAUUGACAUUAAGAAUAUAGCAUGUGACAGUCAUCUUCCCAAGGCAUCAUGCUUGAUUCUUGUGAGUUCGAAAUAUUAUUUCUGGUUAGUUCUUAAAUUAUUCUGAGAGCAAUAAGUUUCCCUUGUUACCAGUGAACCCGUUUUACAAUUUAUCAAGGAAUGCUAUAGUUGUUCUGACUAGACUUUGCUGAGUUCAGUGUAGAAUCAGCAUGUUUCAUUGAAGUCCAAAAUUAUGUUAAAAUUAUCAGAUUGUACAAAUGAUCUAGAUAUGUUGUAACCAGUUGAAAAUGUUCUCUCUUUAUUCACAUAGUGAUGUACAAAGUAUAGUAGGUAAAUUUGUAGUUGAUGUUGAAAAUCACAUCUGACACAGUCAAUAACAAAAAGAAAAAUGAGUGGUUGCCGGAAAGUUUAAUCAUUGUAAGAUUUUGAAGCCUCAUAUAUGUAUAGAUUUGGAGGCCACAUUUCUUUAGUCAUGUAUUGUACUUAAUCUUCUGUGAUGUAUGAAUACUAGUCAGAAAUAAAUGUGAUCUAUAUAGUAAAA